AUGGCCAUUAAUAUUAUCAUAUGGGAUGGAAUUUCAAUGGCUCCAAGGUGCGCCCUCGAAGCCGUCGAAGGUUUGUUACGUGAUAUCAUGCAGAGCAACAGGCCAUUCGGCGGCAAGCGGCUCAUCAUUGUAGUUAAUGACACGGCGAACGAUAACGAAGGACGAAUUCAUAUUUUGGAGAAGUUCCGGUGUCAGAGGAGUAUUGCCACUGAAAUUUUUGGCGAGACAAUUGAUCCAAAUGAUACUUACUUUUGUGAACGGGCUAUUUUGGCUCCCAUGAAUCUGAAUGUCAGGCAGCUAAAUAAUGACGCCUUGGAACGGCUAUGCACAUCCUGUCAGCAAGAUGAGCAUGUCUACAAAAACCCGGUGGAGUACCUAAACACGCUGGAACCCACUGGAAUGCCACCUCAUGAGCUACUUCUGAAGAAAGGUGCAAUCGUCAUGCUUCUGCGCAAUCUUGACGUUGUCAACGGUCUCUGCAACGGGACACGACUAAGAGUAGAGACCCUUGGACGCUAUGUGCUUGGCUGUCGCUUUGUUUAUGGGAGCCGAAAAAGUCAGUUAGCUGUAAUACCCAGGAUUGACAACUACUGGGGAAAGCAGCUACCGUUCCAGGCAAUUUCGCUUACGUCUUGCUUUUGCAAGACUUUGCUUUUCUGGCUAUAA